GCUUCACCACUAGAUGCCAGCAAAUCCUACACACGACCCCUUUAACUGCUUUUAGUUAAGAUAGCACACAAAUAAAUUAACUUUAACUUCAGCAGGAUAAAUAUAUUAUAUAUUCUAUAAUCAAUUUAUUUAUAGGGAAGUGUUUUACAGAGUGUGGGAUGAAUAAAAAACACAGUUUCCCACGAGGAUCAAUAAAGUGUUUCUGAUUCUGAUUCUGAUUCUGAUUCUGAUUCUGAAACAUUAAACAGCUCUGAAUGGUUGAUACGAGCUUUUGGAGCCUUGAAUAAUGUUUUGAUAAUAAUCUCUUUCUUUUGUCCAACACAUUUCUCUCUGUUCUCCUGCGUCGGUUUGUUCUCCAGGUUCAAAACCUUUAACCUCGUUCUGCAACUAUGCAAAAGUAAAAUUAUAAAAACAAGAAAUGUGGAGGUGAAAUCUCUGUCUCUGAUUGGCUGAGCACACAUGUGAUGGAUCACAUGACCCCAUGAGAGUUGCUCCUGCACGCUGAAUGUUUUCUGUUCAUAUAAGAUCAACGUCCUGCAGGUCAACGCUCUGAUAACCAGCUCUGGUCACAUGGGGGCAGCGUCUGCUCUGAGUGGCUCACUCGGCAGGAACAUGUUCACAUGUGGAAGAGGAAGUGAGGAGAUGAUUUCCUCAAGUUUAUCAGCAGAAAACAACAGAGCAACAAAGACGUGAGUUCAUCAGUGUGGUGAGUAAAGACACACGUGUUUCUGCAUCACAGCUUCAUGAUCAAAGCAUGUGUGUGAAUGCAGCUCUGCACCUCCCUGUUCCUCCUCUGCACCGUGAGCUCCACCCUCCUGCUCCUCCAGGCCCAGGCUGGGCAGGGAGUGUGUGUGGGGGUGUGUGUGUGUCACCGGCUGCAUGUUGGAGCUGAAGGGGCGGACGACAUUCAGACUGAAACCAUGAGCACUGACGCUCACAUCAUCUAGGUGUGGCCUCUCUUCACUGAGAUCCAGGAACUGGCAGAAGUGGCCGAGCCAGUUAUUCUCUCAGAGCAGAGGAGAGUGAAACGUUCAGGGAGACACUCUGGAGACAUGGCAGAUACAGCAGCUCCCACCUCCACACAGCAGCCGGCGGCGGCCUGUGGCCCCCCCGCCUGCGGCUCCUGCCUCGGGGACAAAAGUAAAGGAUGUCCACAGUGUCUGAAGAGUCCAGACAAGCCUCAGCCGGCUGAGGGUCUCAAGCAGAACGGAACAGAGGCUGAGACUCAGGUGAGCAAAGAGGAAACUCCAGACACCAAGACAGCAGAGGAGACCAAGAUCCAAGACGACCUGAAGGAGUCCGAGGUCCCCAAGAAGCUGGAGGAGGAGAAGAAAGAAGCUCAGUCCGAUGAGGAGAAGAAGAAUGAAGCUAAAGAGGAGGUGAAGGAAGAGGAGGCCAAGGAGGAACCUCUGGGCCCCGACGACGUGGUGUGCGACUCCUGCAUCGAGAGCCCCUGCAGGGCCCUGAAGUCCUGCCUCACCUGCCUGGUGUCGUACUGUGAGGCUCACCUCCGGCCUCACCUGGAGAACCCCAAGUUCCAGAACCACCGGCUGGUGGAGCCGCUCAGGGACAUCGAGAGGAGGACCUGCGAGAGCCACAAGUGGCCCCUGGAGAUCUUCUGCUGCGCUGACUCCUGCUGCAUCUGCCAGGACUGUGUGACCGAAGACCACACGGGCCACAACACCGUCCCCGUGGUGGAGGCUCGCAAGCGGAUAGAGGGGGAACUGAAGGAGAAGCAGACGGAGAUGGUGAAGACGGUGACGGCUGCAGAGAACGCCAUCAACAAGCUGCAGCUAAACACAGUCUCCAUAGAGCAAUCGGUGACGGAGGUGCGAGCCGUGAUCGAGAGCCAGUUCGAGGAGCUGCAGGCGGUGAUGGAGAGGGCCAAGAGGGAGGUGACGGAGAUCCUGGAGGGCGAGGAGAAGCAGGCGCUGAAGCAGGCCGAGGGCAUCCGGGUUCACCUGGAGCAGAGGUGCACGGACCUGAAGAAGACUCAGGCGCAGGUGGAGAAGAUUUCCAAGAACAAGAACGAUGUGGAUUUCUUACAGGAGUAUUCCGAGUGGAAGAAAGAAGCCCCUGACAUCUCUUUGCCUGGGGUCUACAUCGGCCUGAUGGAUCGUCUGAACUCCUUCAGCCGUGUGAUCGUGGACUCCACACGGGAGCUCUGUGCCAAGCUCGUGUCCUCGUACAUAGAAAAAGUUAAAGAGACCUGCAAUAACGACCAUCUGGGAAUAAAAACAACGGUUCAUGCGAUUAUCUCAUCGAAGGAGAACAAGUCGAUUCCAGAUCCAAAGAAACACGCCGACUUCCUCAAGUACGCCGCCCAUGUGAGUUUCGAAGCUGUCACCGCUCAUAAGUUCCUCCGUCUGACGGAGGAGAACAGGAAGGUGACUAACACCACGCCCUGGCAGCAUCCGUACCCCGACGCACCUGAGCGCUUCGAGAACUGGCGGCAGGUUCUGGCCACGGAGAGCUUCUAUAUGGGGCGCCACUACUUUGAGGUGGACAUCAGCGGCGAGGGGACGCACGUGGGCCUGACCUACAAGAGCAUCGACCGCAAGGGCAGCGAGAGCAACAGCUGCAUCACGGGCAACAACUUCUCCUGGUGUCUGCAGUGGAACGCUAAAACCUUCUCCGCCUGGCACAGCGGCGUGGAAACCCCCCUCAACGUGGAGAAGUUCACUCGCAUCGGCGUCUACGUUGACUACACGCGAGGCCUCCUGGCUUUCUACGGCGUGGAGGACACCAUGACGCUCAUCCACGAGUACAAGGCAGAGUUCCUGGAGCCUCUCUACCCGGCGUUCUGGUUGUCGAAGAAGGAGAACAUCGUGGCCCUGGUGGCGCCUGGCGAACCGUUACGGCUCAAGAGCCCCUCUCCACCAACAUCACCUCUAAACACAUCCACAGUUUCAUAAACGGCAGCGGAGCAGCAACUGGAAACCUGUUUGUCCUCAGUGAUACAAGCAGAGACUGUAAAUAAAGUUGGACGACACGUCUCCACUGUGGAAAAUCUAAGCUAAAAUAUCCGAGAUACAGGCGCCGCCAUCUUGAAGUGGUGCUGACACACACGUUCACCCAAUCCUGAGUCAGUCUCAGCUGUCAAUCACGACAGAAACGUCUUUGAGGAAUAUUUACACAACUUUUACUUUGAUUCUUUGGUUUGGUCCAUGUCCCAUGUGCUAACAUGGAGGAGGCGGGGUUUAUGAUCUAUACUGGUGGUCGGCUGCAGCCGUAAAUAAAGAUGUCGUCCAUCUUUAUUUACAGUCUAUAGACACAUGAGACGGUUAAUACCAAAGAACGGUUUCAUACAUUUUAACGUCAUAUCAAAACAAAAACCAGCUGAUGGGAACAUUUUUCCUUUUUCAUUUUGUUUACAGACGAUUAUUUUUGCUGCAAAAUCUUAUAUGAAUAAUCUGAAAAGCUGUUUAUCUCAUGUCCAUUCGGGCUCAUGUCAGGUUGUGUGGGACUACUGUUACUGUUACUGUACUUUUCAUUACACUGUGAAUUCACAAAAGCUCUUUAUUUCCUGUGAAAUAAAUAAAACUUCCUUUUCCAAGAAA